AUGUCCAAGAUCUCCGGUGACAUGUACGAUGACUCCGACUGCAUCUGUUCCUAUGGGAUGAAACUCACCUGGGACAUCAAUGACCCCAAACUCCCGCAGGAUCUGAAGCAGUUCGAUAAUUUCCAGGAGUGGACAGAUGGCUACUUUCGAUAUAUAUACAGCGGUGAGGAUAAAAAUGCUCAGCGUCAUCUCAGUGGAUGGGCCAUGAGAAAUACCAACAACCAUAAUUGUCAGAUCUUGAAGAAGUCUUGCUUGGGUGUGGUGGUGUGCAGCCGAAAUUGUACAAUGCCUGAUGGUGGCAAACUACAGCUCAGGCCAGCAAUCUGUGACAAGGCACGACAGAAACAACAAAAAAAGUUGUGUAGUAACUGCAAUGCAGCUCUGGAGUUAAUCCCUUGCCGAGGUCACAGUGGUUAUCCAGUCACUAACUUCUGGCGUCUAGAUGGAAAAGCUAUAUUUUUUCAGGCAAAGGGAGUUCAUGAUCAUCCAAGACCAGAAAGUAAAUCGGAGACAGAAGCUCGAAGAAGUGCUGUGAAAAGACACAUGUCAUCCUCCCACUUGUCCCAGAAAAAGAAGCUUCUGGAAUCCGAGGUGGGAAGAUACAAUGAUAGUGGCGGACAUUUCUCCAACAUCCAUCCUAUAUCUUGUUUAGAUGGACCAGAGCGUUUCAGUCUUGUACCAGAUGGAAGCUUUCCUCUUGCACCUCAACACUACCCCUCAUUUCAGAACACAGACCCCUUCAAACAUAAAUAUGGCACAGUAGGUUAUCAAGGUGAAUAUUGCUCUGAGAGAAAAAACAUGCCAAGAACACCAUGUGGUUAUGAUUUCUAUGUCCCUGGAUACAUGACCCCAAAUUCAUACCCUCCACUAUACAAGGAACCCAUGGGAAGUCUGCCAGACACUGACCGAGUUCAGUUUAAUGGACCACAAACCAAUCUUGGCAUGCUGAACCCCCAUGAAAGGAGUUUUGAUGGAACUGGUAAACAUCACGGAUGGAUGCAGAUAUUUGCCAAACCUGGAUAUGGUGAGAGAAGUGACUAUGGCCAGAUUCAAACAAAUACCGGUCAUUCUUACUACAAUCCCGAUCACCAAUGUAGGUAUGCAAGAUCACCAUCUCCAGCUCUACAGACUGUUAUAACAACUACUACCAAAGUUUCCUACCAGGCCUACAAACCUCCAGCAGUGAAGUAUACUGACAAUGUGUGUGACGUCAAGGCUUUGCAAAACUAUACACAUUUACAAGACAACUUAGCGGAAGGAGUCUAUCCUGAGGGGAAAGCCCAAGAUGACAUCAGUGUAAUCAAGACAGCAUUAGGCUACCAAGAGCAGAAUUCUACAAAGUCUGAAAGAUUGGACAACCUGGACUUUUACAAAUAUGGUCAAUGUAUGAGUAAUGGCUUCCCUGGACAGCCCUAUAGAUAUGAGAAUGCAGAAUGCUGA